CGUAAACGUCUUACCCUGGCUCUUUCACCUCAAGUGCUGUUAUGGCGAUAGUUUAAGCCUUCAAGUCUUUUGAAGCAUUAAUUGCACAGUACAAAUUCAAAAAUAUUCUCACUGGCCAAAGGGCACUUCAUAGAUGCCUCAACAAACACGCAAGCAAACAAACAAUCGAUAAACCAAAAGGACAUGACAAAUUGAGGGGAUUACGACGAUCUUCGGUGUGUACCUUUACUACCUUAGGCUUGCGGUCAAUCGCGGUGUACAAGUACCACAGUAAAGAUGAUGGAAUUUACUUGUGCCUCUGGACGGAUUCUAUCCCCAUGAAUGGCCAAGUACUAAAGUAGGCGAUUCGUCUAAUUUAUGUCCGUUGGUACCCCAGGUACGAAAGCAAACAUUAGGUAUUCCGGCUUCUUUUACUACCUACCUAGAUACACACUAUGAGCCUGCCUUUUCUUAUUUACUUCUUCACUCACUACUGAGUUCGCUUAGUACACCAGUCGUUGUGCCCAACGCAAUGGCGGAACUACCGAUCACGUCGUCGCGUACGGUCUCCGUCGCAUUGUCAGAUGGAACCUCAUAUAAUGCCGUCGACGUAUUCACAAGACCACCCGAUCAAUCAGAAUAUGUCUUUUUUACGGAAUGGUGGGUUCCUAUUCCCGCGUCGCCGACUUCCGAACACAUUUCAUCAGCAACCACGACAAGUAGUAGUGAGACUACCCCGACAUCUACACCUACACCGACCCAUGCAUCGGUAUCGCCAACAUCGACAAGUAAUGCGCAGCCAAUUCAACAAGGUAGCGGCUCAGGCCUGUCUACCGGUGUUGUAGCUGUAAUUGCUGUGGCGUGCGUUGUUGCCGGUUUCAUCUUAGGCGUCAUCAUGAGCUUCUUAUUCUUGCGUCGAAGAUUGCGAGCAUUAGACGCUGGGCAUCACGCUUCUCAAAGAGAUAGCCAGGAAAAGCCUUUGCAGGCCAUUUCCUUAACAGAUACACACAUAAGGGACCAGUACCUCAUCGUCCCGACGGCGGAUUCCAAGAUAGGCUCAGAGCUCAGCGCACUAGGACAGCUGCUACAACAACACGUCGAAAACAACUAUCACCUCCAGCCUGUUUCACGCAGCGCCAAUGAACUGUCUAAUGCCCUAGUUCAUCUUGGCCUUGGUGAGAGCGGCGCAAUCCCGGUUGUUGAACUGGCCGCUCUGGCGUUGGAUCCAAAGACCCGAUAUGUCGCCAUACAACAUGUUAUUGCCAAAAUUGCGUUUAUCAGCGCCACCUUCAACGAAACGACAACCAUUUCUUUGUUACCAGAACCUGUUUCUUUGUUCCUAUCCAUGAUACCCAAAACGAAGGGACGUAUGGGCAAUCCAGAUGCCCUAGAAUCUGCACUCACGCGAUGGCGGCAGUUAUCUGCCUUCCUUCUUCACCCACGAAGAGGCAGCCGAACCGCACUAACGCCUUCAGAAGAUACCAGCACCCAUGAGGCCGAAAGGCUAGCCGUGGCUCUGAACACCUUCCUCUCGCCUUUCGUGGCAGGAGAUCGCGAGGAGAGGUAUGAGCAGGAGAACCACCUCCGAGAAGUGAUAGUCGAGUGUGUUACUUUUGACUAUCUCCUGUUCUCUCAACCAUCGGAGUAUAAGUUCUGCUUCGACAGCAACGGGAGAGAGAUGAGCUUAGUCGUGUGUCCAGGUUUACACAGGGUUAGUGAUGAAGAGGGUAGCAGAUUCCCUGCGCCAGGAGAACUGGUGAUACUGCCUGUGGUCCGCAGUAUAUAAUUACGACUUUACUAUGUGUACUUAAUAUACCCAAUUCGCGAGCUCAAUAUGUGUACUUCCGAUAGGAAUUGCUUCUUAUCUUGUGCCCAUCUCAACACAAAACCAGUGUGUAACUAUUGGGGCUCUAGUAGGCCCUGCGUUGACGUUAAUGUUUUGCUCAUAUCUGGGCAUGUCUCAUACGGGAAUGUCCUGUUAUAAGACCGCAUGAAGAUUUGAGCAUACCUUUUUAUAUGAAAUUAAUGAUUCGAAAACCAUGACUUCUGAAAUUUGGAGCCUGAGGAGAAAACGGUAUUGCCUUAAGUAAUACAUAGCUGUGGUACGAUCUUAGGUACCUAGUCUUGCAUAUGUAAGGCAAGGAGAUACGAAUGAUAUGCAAGAGUGUUAAUAUGAGCGGGUCAUAAUUCGGUGGAAAUAUGAUAAUGCUUGCGCAUUUGUACACUAUUGUUGACUGAC